CCAGAAUCAGGGCCGUCCACCUCCGCCACGUUUUCAGUUCUCUGCCUCCGACCGCCUUGGAAGACCUCUUUCCCGCCCACUCUCGGUUUUAUCCCCUGUCCCUUCUGGUUCUCCUGAGGAAUCCCGCCGUUCUUUUCGCCCGAAUCCUACCCAGACGGCAUUGCCAUCGCAGCGGGAUCAGGGGCGCGUUGAGACUAUUCGUUUUGGAAUUGACAUCAUGAGUGAAACCCUCUAGAGCACGGACGAAGCUCUGGGACGAAAGUCGACCAUGGAGGGACUCUUCACUUUGCUCGCAUUGAGCAUUGUGAUGGCAAUUACAUCAUUUGUCGUGGGAUCACUACCGCUUGCCUUUACACUUUCCCCUUCUCAACUGAGAUUGAUAUCCUCCCUUGGUAUGGGAGUUCUGGUUGGAACAUCCUUGAUUGUGAUUAUUCCGGAGGGAGUUGAGACUCUAUACAGCGCAAGCUCACCUAGUACCCGGAAAGAACUCAGUAGCCGGUCGACGACAGCGGUCAAUUGGCAACACCAAGCAGCACCCGUCACCUAUUUCCCCAGUUUGAGGGAGGCAUCAGACUACCCAGACACCGAUCAGGCGUCUCCUUCGAUUUUAUCCACCCUACCAUCUGUGCCUGUCACGGUACCUACAGUGCAAAAUGAACCGCCGAGACUACAGGGACGCAAAGAGGAGACAUCGAAUGAUCAGGCGGACGAGAGUCACGACGAGGACAGCUCGCCUCAUGCUUGGAUAGGAAUCGCACUCAUCAGUGGUUUUAUUCUGAUGUACCUCAUCGACAAACUGCCCGUUUUCGCAUCCCCUGCUAAGCAGGAACGGACUCCUUAUCACAUCUCGUUGGACAACUUGGGUUCCGGACUGCGGCGCAACUCGUCACCAUCACGGGAAGGAGGUUUACUGGACGCCGGCAGCAUCCCUAGAAGGAGCCACAGCUUUGCAACUACCACUGGACUUGUCAUCCAUGCUGCCGCCGACGGAAUUGCCUUGGGUGCAUCCAGCUCCGACACUGGGCUAAGCUUCAUCAUCUUCUUGGCCAUCAUGGUUCACAAGGCCCCGGCAUCCUUUGGGCUCACCUCGGUGUUACUGAAACAAGGCCUUUCGAGCCGCACGGCUAGAGCGCACUUGUUGAUUUUCAGUCUGGCGGCCCCUGUCGGCGCUCUCAUGACAUUUUUAUUUGUGCAGAUCAUGGGCUCGGGAUCCGGCAGUGAUGAUAUCGGGAACCGGUGGCGGACCGGAGUGCUCCUCUUAUUUUCCGCCGGCACAUUCUUGUACGUUGCCAUGCACACGAUGCAGGAGAACAGUCCGAAUUCAUCUGCACGUGAGACACAAGCCAACGGAUAUGGCGACCAUAGGGAGGCACCGUCGGCAUCUGAUAAAUCUAUGAGGGAUUUGAUUGCCUCUGUUGUCGGCAUGGUUUUGCCGCUGUUCCUACAGAUCGGCCAUGCGCACUAACUCUUGCUAUAUUUAUAUUUGGCUUUGGACAACGUCUUUUAUCCUAUCCUAACCUGAAUUAUUUCUUUCCUCUAGCACCGAAAACCGUUCUGAAAACGAACGUUUCUGUUUGGACACAUCGCGAAGAUUGUCUUGUGUAAUAGAUUUUGGCAGUUACUACUGGGCGGAUUCCCUUCCUCUGGGUGGAGGGAUAGGGAUAUGUUGUGAUCUGUGUUAUAUUCCCAGGGAGUUAUGCCUUUCUGUUUUGUUGUCAGUGUCAGCGCCACCAGACGUCAUGGCCAUGAUUGUGAAGCAUUUGCACGGUGCGGUUGAACCCUGUAUUUUUUUUUCUGUUGAGAAAGUCUCUUGGUCAAAAUAGCAUGUGCUUCUUAUUGUC